UUUUCGAUUCUCGGUCGAUUAAAAAUGGAAGGAGGUGGAGGAAGUAGUAGCGCCGCCGCGGGAGUGGUUCCGGAAUCAGCGAUUGAGGCUGUGAAACAAACGCUGGGCUACCUCGACGAGCUGAAACCGCAGCUCGAGCAGAUGCUGUCUUUAGCUGAGCCGGAGGUUCUCGCCCUAAUGCAGCCAUUGAAGCGAGCUAAGACUAUGAACUUGCUCGCCCAAGCCACCACAACAAUUUUCGAACUGAGGCUGAGAUGCACUGGUGUUAAUCCCGAUGAUCAUCGUGUGAAAUCUGAAAUUUCUAUUGGAAUCAAAGAGACUGAACCAUUGCGUCCGACAACUGUCUUAAACCGUCAGGCAGCAACACGUUUCAUCGAGCACUCUCUGCCUGAUCUUACAUCGACCCAAAGGCAAAACAUUAGAGACCUCAGUAAAGGAGAGAAAACAAGGAUCAGGUAUUCGGAAACAAGUGCGAAAAAGAGGAAAUUACAAUCAAGUGAGAAACAGUCUGUUCGGUCUGCUGCAAAGGAAUUUCUUGAAAAGGCAGCUCGUGAGCUUAAUGGUGACAAUGAAAAUGGUUUGAAGGGACCUUUAAUGGCGGCAGCUGAUGGUUCAGAUGAUUUUGAAAUUGCUUCAGCCUGA